AUGCUUGGUGCCCUCUCCGACGUCAACGUCUUCGGCCUCACGGCCUCCGUGCUCUACGUCAAGUUCCUGGCCACGUCCAUGAUCCAGGCGCGCAAGUCGUUCGCGGCCAACACGCGCAUGGCCGAGGACAAGCAGUUGGUGUGCGCCAUGGGCAUGUCGUCCGACCUGGACGAGAAGGCGCUCAAGGUGGCGCUCGACAACGAGCAGCGCUGGCGGCGCAUCGUGCAGAACGACCUCGAGUCCAUCCCGCUGGCCUUCCUCGUCUUCUGGGGCGCCAUCCAGAACGGCGUGAGUGCGGACCUGACCAAGACGCUCAUGGUGGUCUACGCGACGGCCCGCCUCGGACACACGAUCACCUACGCGUCGGGAGCGGCGCGCAGCCGCAUGGCGUGCUGGAUGUCGGGCACCGCCUGCGUCCUCACGGCCGCCGCGAAUAUCGCCAUGGCCGUGCUCGCCUAA